AUGCGCGGCUGUUCAGGACGCGUGUCUGUAGGACUGCAGGUCUGUCCAGGACUGUACUGGGUGCCGGUAGAAUACGAUGAUGAGGACAAGGAGAAGAAGGAGAGACACGGCCACCACGGAGGAGAGGAAGAGGAGGAGGAGAGGGUGGAGGAAGACUUCCAGUGUGUUGUGUAUUUCUGGCAGGGCAGGCAGGCCUCCAACAUGGGCUGGCUCACCUUCACCUUCUCACUGCAGAAGAAGUUUGAGAGUCUCUUCCCUGGGAAACUGGAGGUGGUCCGUAUGACCCAGCAGCAGGAGAAUCUCAAGUUCCUGUCUCACUUCAAGAGGAAGUUCAUCGUUCAUAAAGGGAAGAGGAAACAGAAGAUCGAUGCCGCUCAGCCCUCCCUCUACCACAUACGCACCAAUGGCAGCGCUCUCUGUACCAGGACGAUCCAGAUUGGAACAGACUCCAGUAACCUGAACUCAGAGUUCUGCUUCAUCCUCAAGGUACCGUUUGAGAGCACAGACAACCAGGGGAUAGUGUAUACCUGGGUCGGCCGGGCUGCUGACCCUGAUGAGGCCAAACUGGCAGAAGACAUCAUGAACUCUAUGUUUGAUGACACCUACAGCAAACAGGUGAUCAACGAGGGGGAGGAGCCGGAGAACUUCUUCUGGGUGGGGAUUGGCUGUCAGAAGGUGUACGACGAGGACGCUGACUAUAUGAAGUACGCCAGACUGUUCCGCUGCUCCAAUGAGAAGGGAUACUUCGCCGUGUCUGAGAAAUGUUCCGACUUCUGUCAGGACGACCUGGCCGACGAUGACAUCAUGCUGCUGGACAACGGCAAAGAGGUGUACAUGUGGGUGGGAACGCAGACCAGCCAGGUAGAAAUUAAACUCAGCCUCAAAGCCUGCCAGGUUUACAUCCAGCACAUGCGUUCUAAGGAGACCGAGACGCCCAGGAAGCUGCGUCUGGUCAGGAAGGGGAACGAACCACACUGCUUCACACGAUGCUUCCACGGCUGGGGCGCCUUCAAGACGCCGCUCGCGUAGACAUACGCUGCGUUGACACGUCCACGGCUGGGGCGCCUUCAAGACGCCGCUCGCGUAGACAUACGCCACAUAGACACGUCCACUCUACAUACGUCCACUCUACAUACACACAGCUUUGUCCUAAAGUGGCGACGUCGGCUUCUACCUGAAAGAGACGCUUUAUCAUAUCAGCACACGUUUUACCUGCUGGAUAACCCCCCGUCCCCCUCCGUCCUGUUCCCCGUGCCCUCCGUCCUGUUCCCCGUGCCCUCCGUCCUGUUCCCCGUGCCCUCCUUCCUGUUUCCCUCGCCCCC